GGAAGCAGCUGGUUGGUUCCUGACAGGAAAGAAGUAAGUGGAGAGUGGUGAGGAGAACUCCACUCUGAAGGUGAAUGACUGGAGAGAGUGCAAGAGGAUACAGCAAGAAGAACAUACAUCUGCUUUGUUUGUAAAAAAGUUUAAUAGUUUUCAUGGUCGUACACUGCAGUUAUACCUCCUAUCAAACCUAUAUAGCGAUACUGUGUGUGCUUUUACUCAUGCGAGGGUUAAUUCAUAGGCUUUCACGAUGCAUUUGAAGAACAUGACCUACAGUAAAUAUCGCGAGCGUCUGUUACAAGUCGAGGGAAUUCUACACACGGGAGCCUGGAUAAAUACACACGUCUUCUUUAGUUUGGGUUCAUAUAUCCAUUGCAUUCCGCCCGAAAUGUAGUUGUGUAUCUCCGGGUUCUGCUGAAAUAAAGACGGGCUAGUUCUGGGGGAUUUUCAGCGUGGUAUGAUACUGCGUGCGUUUGCACCCUGGGGAGAGCCGUGAUUCACCGGAGUAAUGUGUAACUUGAGGGGGGCGGGGUUUCUAAACUCGAAUCUGCCCCCUAACUUUGUGAUUGACACCCGUAGAUUGCUCCUCCCAAAACUUUUUUCCCUUCGUUUUUCACAGUGCCUUGCGUUGAUUCCAUACUUUACAUUCCAGCUUUACUGUCAAACCAGGAGACGUAUUUAUUGAAAAUAAAAACACAAGGCAAAAUAAAUAAAGAAAUAAACGAUUGCGACUCGUAAGCGCCCAUCUGUCGCUGGAUUUAGACAGACACGGUGUUCUAAAGGCCUCCAGCCCGUGCUCUCCGUCUGGCCCAGGAGGAGCCGCCACCAUUGCGUCGAACGAGUGGAGCGCGAACGGCAGCCCAGAGGAGGGGCGGGACGAUGGGGCCGAGGGGUUGGACAAGUCCAUGGAGGGGGAUGCCGAGGGGGUCUGGAGCCCCGACAUUGAGCAGAGCUUCCAGGAGGCACUGGCCAUCUACCCGCCCUGCGGCCGACGCAAGAUCAUCCUGUCCGACGAGGGCAAGAUGUACGGUCGCAAUGAGUUGAUAGCGAGAUAUAUCAAGUUACGGACAGGAAAAACCCGCACAAGAAAACAGGUAUCUAGUCACAUACAGGUGCUAGCGCGGAAGAAAGUCCGGGAGUACCAGGCUGGAAUUAAGGUUUCUAGCCAUUUGCAGGUUCUUGCCAGGAGAAAAUCUCGCGAGAUUCAGUCAAAGCUGAAGGCAAUGAACCUGGAUCAGGCUUCGAAAGACAAGGCCCUCCAGAACAUGGCUGCUAUGUCGUCGGCACAGAUCGUGUCUGCUAGCGUGAUGCAGAACAAACUGGGGCUCCCCCCUCUACCCCAGCCCUCCUACCCUCCGCCGGCCAGGCAGUUUUGGACCGGACCCAUCCCAGGCCAGCCCGGACCUUCUCAGGACAUCAAACCGUUUGCACAGCCAGGGUACUCCCUUCAGGGCCCAGUCCCGCCUCCGAUAUCCGUAGGUUACGAGCCCAUGGCUACACCCCUGCCCCCUGCAGCCACAGCAGUCCCUGUGUGGCAGGACCGUACCAUCGCCUCCACGAAACUACGCAUGCUGGAGUACUCGGCCUUCAUGGAGGUGCAGCGAGACCCCGACACGUACAGUAAGCACCUGUUUGUGCACAUCGGCCAGACGAACACGUCCUACAGUGACCCGCUGCUGGAGGCCGUGGAUAUCCGGCAGAUCUACGACAAGUUCCCCGAGAAGAAGGGGGGCCUCAAGGAGCUUUACGAGAAGGGCCCGCAGAACGCUUUCUUCCUUGUCAAGUUCUGGGCGGAUUUGAACAGCACCAUGCAGGACGGGCCCGGAUCCUUCUACGGGGUCAGCAGCCAGUACAGCAGCGCCGACAACAUGACCAUCACCGUCUCCACCAAAGUGUGCUCCUUCGGCAAGCAGGUCGUGGAGAAGGUGGAGACAGAGUAUGCUCGAAUGGAAGGAGGGCGCUUUGUGUACAGAAUCCACCGCUCUCCCAUGUGUGAAUACAUGAUCAACUUCAUCCACAAGCUGAAGCACCUCCCCGAGAAGUACAUGAUGAACAGCGUGCUGGAGAACUUCACCAUUUUACAGGUCGUUACAAACAGGGACAGUCAGGAGACCCUGCUGUGUAUAGCCUUCGUGUUCGAAGUGUCCACGAGUGAACACGGGGCGCAGUACCACGUCUACAGGCUCGUCAAGGACUAGGGGUCCUGCGGGGGAGCUGGCCACCACGCUGCCUGAAAAAAAAAAAAGAUUUGUAAAACCAAAACAAAAAACUAUUUUAUAGCACAGUGGGUAUUUUGUACUUCAGUAUCAAUUUUGUAAAAUAGGAAAUGUAUGAAGUUUUUUAAAAAAACAAAAAGAACUAUGCACUAUUUUGUGUAAGGGCAAAUCUUUUUUUUUUGUUUUGUUUUUUUGUUUUGUAUUUAAACAGGUUGCAUCAGUAAUGUUCCUUUUAAAAAUAUAUCUUUUUUUCAGGGAUGAUGUUAAUAUUAGCUUCUGCGUUGAGGGAAAAUAAGAAGGUACGGAGAAAAAAUAAUGUGUGAGAAAAGACGAGGAGAAAAGUGACACAAAGGUCUGGUUUAUCUGCAGCAUCCAUACCUCUCCAAUCAGGCAAAAUGAGAAGACAGCUUGCUUUUAAACAGCACAUGAAACAGUCAGGGGAAGGACCACCAACGUGCAGCAUUACAAAUCUGACAUCCUUUUCCCUUCAAUUUUGAAAUGGACACUUCAGCUAAUGCGCAUCGCUCUAAAAGAGGCUGACUUCUAGACCAUGUGAGGUUCUUUUUUUUUUUUCCCAGAUCCACAAUAUAUACACAAAACCAUAAUAUUAGACAUGGGUGAUGUCACAUUCGGGUGCCUCCUUUGCAUUAGCUUUUAUGUUGAAGAAAGCUGGCAGCCUUAAUUAGGCUUCUCAGCCCCUGUGUGCCCCAGCUCUCUCUUCACCAGGAGGGUCCAUAUAUUUUGGCUACGGAGAUCUUUUCAUUUCAUACACAUACAGACAGGAUAACACACUCCUCCUGAAGACGUUUCAGUACAAAUAAACCCUGUUGUGUUGCCAGUAUUGGGACGAUGUGGCAGGUGGGUCUGUUUUAAUUGCAUGAGAAACUCUUGAGCACAGGCGUACAAAGCCUGCUUGAAUUGUUCUGUACCAAGCGGAAGAGACAUUUGUGAUGCAAACGAACGGUACUGCACAGCGACGGUCCUCUUAACGGCUUGAUUAAUAAUAAGUUGCACUCCGGGACUCUGUUAAUAUCGGUGAUUAAACGGGGCUCUAGCGGGUCAGCCCAUGUCUUGCGCCCAGUUUUCAUUUCCCUAGGCUGUGCUGACCUCUAGCGGAAUGCCCUUGGCACUGAAAAAAAGACACAGCACACUGGUCUUGACUAAUGUAUUUUGCUUUUUUUUUCAAAUAUCUAAUGUGAACUGUCAGUGUAUGUUUGUGCCACGCUUUUGACACAGUGACUGUCCGGCGCCCAGGUCAGUUUGUCCUGCACCCGGACGGUCAGUGUAUUAUGAAAACCUCUUUCUUCCACCUGCUCGCUUCUCUGUACAGUAUUUCAGAACACACGUGUAAUGCCCACAAAGAACACUGAAGUAGCUAAAUCCCAGGAAGCGGGAUAUCAGAUCUAGAACUGUGACCUUUUAAUCUCUAAACUCAGCUUUGAGGUUUUGGAUUUUAUGUUGUAUGCUUUUAUCUAAAACGUUUAACUACAGGAGUUGUCUUUUUAAAAAUGGCAUCAUCUUCUGGUUGCUUUUUGAACAUUUUGUGACACUAAAAAAAAAAAAAAAAACUACUACCACAUCUUGAAAGAGGGUAAUGUGCCUUUUCUAUGCAGUGUAGAUGAAAUGUAUUAAACAAACUGUCUUUACACAAAGUGAAUGGUUGCUUUAGGUGAG